AUGCCUCCGAGAAUAGUGAAGAGAGGCGCUGCGGCGAAGAGGGCAUCGAGAGGAUCCUCAAAACCCGCACCUGAGAAUCAUAUGCAUGAGCAUGAAACUGUGGAAGUGGGGGAGAAAAAUCAUAUAGAAAACUCGGCUGUUGAUGUUGGGGUGGAAGAGAAGCAAGUUGAUGUGGACCAAGACCCUGUGAAAGUUCCAAACGGGUCGGCUAAGGUCGAAAACAAUGAAGAGGAGGUUAAGGAGUCUAUAGAUGAAUAUGAAAAAGAUGAGCACUUAGAUUUAGAGGAUAAUUAUCCCGAGUAUGAACCAGAGGAGUAUAGUGGUGUUGACUAUGAUGAGAAGGAAAUUGAACAAGAUGAAGGUCAGGAGGAGGGAGAUGAAGUAGAGGAAGAACCUGAAGAGAUUAUUGGUGAAGAAGAGGGUGAUACAGGUGAUGAAGAAGUUGAAUAUGUUUAUGAAGAAGUUGAGGAUGAUGAUGAUGAGCAUGCUGUUAAGGAGCAUGAGCAUGAACAGGUACCCAAUGCGGAGGAAGAGGAACAUCGUGAGGUUGUAAAGGAGAGGCAAAAGCGGAAGGAAUUUGAAGUAUUUGUGGGUGGUCUAGAUAAGGAUGCUACUGAGCAUGAUCUGAAGAAGGUUUUCAGUAAAGUUGGGGUAGUUACUGAAGUCAGGCUGAUGAUAAAUCCCCAGUCUAAAAGGAACAAGGGAUUUGCAUUCUUGCGUUUUGAAACUGUUGAGCAAGCUAAACGUGCUGUGGUGGAGCUAAAAAAUCCAGUGAUUAAUGGUAAACAAUGUGGGGUUACUCCAAGUCAGGACAGUGACACUCUCUACUUAGGUAACAUAUGCAAGACUUGGAAAAAGGAAGCUUUGAAGGAGAAACUGAAACACUAUGGAGUAGAAAAUGUGGAGGAUUUGACUUUAGUAGAAGAUGAUACCAAUGAGGGAAUGAAUCGAGGAUUUGCAUUUUUGGAGUUUUCAUCACGUUCAGAUGCUAAGGAAGCCUAUAGGCGAUUGCAAAAGAGAGAUGUUGUGUUUGGAGUUGAUAAGCCUGCAAAGGUUUCCUUUGCUGACUCCUUAAUUGAUCUGGGUGAUGAAAUUAUGACACAGGUUAAAACUGUAUUUAUUGAUUCACUACCUCCAUCAUGGGAUGAAGAUUAUGUCCAGGAUCUUCUCAAGAAAUAUGGAGAGAUUGAAAAAAUUGAGCUAGCUAGGAACAUGCCAGCUGCACGGAGGAAGAACUAUGGAUUUGUCACAUUUAGUACACAUGCUGCGGCUGUGGAAUGUGCCAAUAGCAUUACUGGUGCAGGGUUAGGUGAAGGUGACAAAAAGGCAAAAGUUCGGGCUAGAUUGUCACGGCCUCUUUCAAAACCUUUACAAAGAGGCCGUGGGAAACAUAUUAAUCAUGGUGAUUUUCGUUCUAGCCGCAUCUCUGGAAGAUUGGCAAGGCCUUCAUGGAGUCGACCUGCACCACGUAUGCCUCCUGCCCGCGUGGUGAGAGGAGUUGGAAGUCGUGCUCCACCUGUUAGACCUGUUAGUAUGAGAAGUAGACGCCCACGCCCUGUCACAUCUAUGCUAGUAAGAGCCAGGCCAGUUGCUCCUUCAGCUAGAACCUAUGACAGGAGAUUGACUGCUCCCGCAUAUUCAAAAAGUGGCAUGAAAAGAGACUACAGUCAACGUGAAGAUCUACCACCUCCAAGAAGUAGAGUUGCUGCAGAUUAUGGCUCUAGGGUUGCCUCUCAGAGGCACACAUCUUAUAGGGAUUAUCCUGCCCGUGGUUCUGACUAUGUUGAGCUACAUAGAAGUUCGUCACGUGCUGCACCAAAGAGGGGUUAUGUUGAUGAUGGCUAUGACCAAAGAUUUGAGAGGCCUCCUCCUCCUCCCCAUCUGAGUUAUCGUGAAGGACACCCCCGUGAUUAUGACUCUAUAUCUGGCUCAAAACGUCCUUAUUCUGCUAUUGAUGAUGUUCCUCCUCGGUAUGAAACUGGUACCCGCCAAUCAAGAUCUCGAUUAGAUUAUGACUAUGGAGGUAGUGCUUCACAGUAUGGAGAUGCUUAUGGUGAUAGACUUGGAAGAUCUAGCCUUGGAUAUAGUGGCAGUAGAAAUUCCAUUUCUAAUCAAGAAUUACAUGGGACAUAUGGCAGUCGACAAGGCGGGAGUUAUGCUGGAGGUUCUUUUGGUGGUAGUGAUGGUGGUAUAUACACAUCAAGUUAUGGUGGUGAUUAUGUCUCGCGUGGAAGUGAUGUUGGUGGCCGUUCAUAUUCAUCCAUGUAUUCUGGUAGAGGUAUGGGUGGUGGUAGCAGCAGCUAUAUGGGUGGUGGUGGAUCUGAUUCUUAUUAUUGA